AUGAAGAUCCUGAAUUGGAAGGUUGCCUGGCUGCUUUGCAACCUUCUAUCCCCCCACCCCGGCGGAACCGAAACUCUAUCUCUACAGCAAUGUGGAGAGCAAUUUUAUUACCCAUCUAACUAUACCUGUUUUGACGGGAACUUUCUGUGUCCAAUUGAGGACAGAACACCAACCCUGAAAUGUGGCGGCGGUUGCUAUCUUCCAGAUAGGUACUCAUGCCAAGAUAAUAAUCUGGUGUCCUCUCCAACUUCGAACGGUCAACCGACAACCAAUUCCACCACUGGGAUAGAAUGCAACACUACCGCUACACGCUUAUAUCUCAGCUCACCCCCCUAUGACAAUUAUUUCUAUUCAGAUUGCCAUGCUCAAUCUCAGGUAGUUGUGACCACACCUCUUUCCGACAGUAACCUCACCGUCAUUGGGCCAAGGGUAAUAGUUGCGUGGCCGGCUGGGAAUAGUGGCAUUGUAGCAUACUUUGCUCCUGAAAAUGGUAUCAAUGGAACCCUGGGGAUCCGGAUAUUAAACUCAACUUCUGGUAAUCCACUUGAACCCAUCUAUCAGACUGGUAUUGGAAACGGCAAUGCUACGGUUGGAAUUAGUGCCCAACUCGAGUUUAAUAGCUCCGUGGUAUUAUCUGUGGCUAUUCUUGGGAGCAUCCGAACUAUUCGGGAUUUUACCGAAGGUCCUAGCCUCCUACACCCCGAAAUUCAAAAUGCGAUCAACUACUCGAGUAUUGACAGUGGAAUCCAAAUAAGUAGGUUGUGGCUUGAUAAUAUAACCACAACGACAUUGUCCUUCAGUAGCUCAAGCCAAUCUAUCCACCUCGACAACACCACUGUCAAAUUCAAGCCCGGAACAUACACAUUUAACGCCUCCUUCAACUACCCGCAAUUAACUCAAUUGAGUUCUGAAAUGGUCUUAAGCCCUGAGUCGGUAGGCUUGAUUGAGCAAUUACCUAGCCAAACAACAUCUCUUUCAUUUUUAUCGUAUACGACCAAACUUACAGCGGGCGCGUGGAGGUUUCUAACCUAUUUCGGGCGGGACUCGAUGAUGGCGGCUUUAUUAUUGGAGCCGGUGCUUAGCAAGGGAAAGGAUGGCGCAAUGGAGGCUGUACUGGCUGGAGUUCUGGAGAGAAUCAAUAGGACUGACGGGUCGGUCUGCCAUGAGGAGACGAUUGGAGACUAUGCUACAUGGACAAAUUUGCAGGAUAACAUUACCAGUGCCGCCCCCCUAUGUGACUAUAAGAUGAUUGAUUCUGAUUACUUUCUUCCUGUUUUGAUGGAACGCUACUUUCUUGAAAAUGGAAGGGGAUCACAGCGGGCGUCUGAAUUUCUUAAUACCGUCGCGAGCACUCUCCCUGUGAACUCAAACUUGACAUAUAAGCAACUGGCCCAAGUAAAUGCAGAGAAAAUCGUCAAUCUCUCAGCGCCGUUUGCUGCUCAGGGCAACCAGACCAAAGAGAACUUGAUGCAUCUGAAAGACGGCCAAAUAGUAGGGGAAUGGCGAGAUAGCACGUACGGCAUUGGGGGUGGCCGAAUACCCUACGAUGUGAACACAGCUCUCGUACCCGCAGCUUUGCGGUCUAUAUCCUCCCUUUCCUCGGCAGGGAUAUUGGACUUCAACCCAACUAUCGUGGAUGAAUACGCGCAAAUAUGGGAAGAUUCAACGCUGCAGUUUUUCGAAAUCUUAGUUGAUCUAUCGACCGCCAAAUCUUCACUUCAGAAGUACGCAGCAGAUUCAGGAGUGCUAGGCCUAAAGUCACAGGCCGAUACAUUGGAUGGAAAUGUAACAUUUUACGCCCUCGCUCUCGAUGGAAAUGACAAUCUCUCCCAGGUGGCAGUCAUGAACACAGACGACUGUUUCCGGCAUUUCUUCCUCAAUACCACAAACCAGCCUCAACUUACCACCUUCCUCAACGCAACGGCCAACAAUAUCCGACGAACCUUUCCGGCAGGACUCAUGACCGAUGUCGGCAUGGUGGUUGCAAACCCAGCAUACGGCCAAGUUCCAGUUUAUGCUACGAAUUUCACCACAUCGGCCUAUCACGGGACAGUAGUUUGGAGUUGGCCCCUUGCCAUGAUGGCACGUGGAUUUGAACUCCAACUUGAUCGAUGUAACUCAAGCACCGUGCCUGAUUUCUGCGGAGAUUCGAAUGUGUACAGUAACGUGAAGAUGGCAUAUAAUACGUUAUGGGAUAGCAUUGAGGCUAAUUCCGCUCAUCUGAGUACAGAGGUGUGGUCUUGGACGUACGGGGGUGGAAAGUUCAGCUAUAUCGAUUUGGGGGCCCUGCCACCGCCGCCAGGAAAUAGUCCAACGGAGAGUGAUAUUGUGCAGUUGUGGAGUUUGACGUUUUUGGCUAUUAUUAGGGACGAAAAACUCCGGUGA